AUGAAGAAUAUUGUUAAGAAAUUGGAGCAGCGAUACACUGGUUUUGGUACAAAUUUAGACCAUGACAUCGCUAUCAGACGUUUAAUAUGUUAUUACUGUGAUGUUUAUCGUGGUGUCUCGGUAAAUCCUGACAGUCACCAAGAUUUAACGCGAGACCCGUUCAUAUUUGCUUGCAAAUUUUCUACAAGCGCUGGGUGGGAAGACACACUGGCUUUGGCCUCUGAAGAUGGCAGAAUUGCGUUACAGGACACUACUGUUAAAUCAGAGGAACCUCACUUGUCAAUGGAAGGCACUACUGCGCACUACAACGCUAUAUUUGACAUAAACUGGAUGCCAGGUGAAAUGAAACUCAUAACAGCCUCAGGAGACCACUCAAUAAAAUUAUGGGAUUUAGACGAGGAGAAAAUCACAUUAGUAAAUACUUUUAAUUGUCAUGACCGCUGCGUUAAAACAGCCGUAUUCCGGCCCGAAGACAAGUCAGUGUUCGUAUCUGGAGCACGAGACGGUAAUAUAUUUCUCUGGGACAUUCGCGCAAAGCACCCGCACGACCACCCGAAACCCGACAGUGGAAUUUAUAACGCCCACGGUACUGCCAAAGUACUGACAAGCCAUAACAACAGUAGACCACGGUGUCGUAGACGGUCGCUGAUAAGCGGUGAAAGAGCGCAAAGUAUCACAGGACUAGUCUUCCAAGAUGACGAUACUCUGAUAUCGUGCGGAGCCGGUGACGGUGUUAUAAAGGUCUGGGACAUGAGGAAGCACUACACGAUACACAAAAAGGAGCCACUUCCUAAACACACCUUCAAAUACAAAGGCAAUAGUACGCAGUAUGGUUUCACAUCCCUGGCAAUUUGUCCGUCAAGACUGAUUUUAUACGUAAAUUGUAGAGAUAAUGUUAUUUAUUCAUACAAUUUAUCGUCCUAUAACCAAAACCCAAUAGCCGAGUACUACGGGCACCGAAAUGAGUCGUAUUAUGUUAAAAGCUGCCUCAGUCCGGAUGGCAAGUAUCUCUUGAGUGGUUCGACGGAUGAGUUCGCGUAUAUUUGGAAGACAAGCAAGCCUGGUGGGCCUAUAUUCAAAUUAUGUGGCCAUACUGAAGAAGUCACUUCAGUUGCUUGGAAGCCCUACGGUGAGCCGGUGAUCGCUACAGCUUGUGAUGAUGGCUAUCACCGGAUUUGGAGAGUUGGUUUGGAGGAAAAAGGCGAGAAUGACGAGAUUGAAGUACAAGGACGUGCUGAACCGAUUACUUUUACUAUGCAUCCUCAGCAAUCUAAGCUUGAAUCAACGCCGACUGAUACCGAUCACAGUACCGUCGAAUCACCGGACGUAGCGACACCCGGAAGUUCUGCCAAACGAAAAUACUCACAAAUGUCCACGGAAAACAGCAAGUUCAAGACAAUCCUAUCACCGAUACGAGAGAAUGAGCAGCCGUCCAAGCGAGCACACUUCGAAAACAGAGGCGCAAGGAGACUAUUUAGCCCGACAAAUUCUCAAGACGUGGCUGGUCCGAAAAAUAAAUGCUUUGAGCCCCAACCGGGUACGUCGACUUCGCCAGAUAGGCCGAUUUUGUUCUCGCCGACGAUGAACUUGCCGAACUUCGCGAUCGACGGAACCGCGCCACAUCUCAUACACAGGUCGCCGAUAAAAAGCAAAGAGAACGUCGACUGGCUGACAAAAAUACGCUACGAAAGAUUCUUGUCGCAGAUUGAAAACAAUCCUGGUAAUACCAACUCCAGUAGUGUAAAUAGUAGUAAUAAUAGUAUUAAUAGUAAUAAUAGUAAUAAUAAUGCUGUUAAUAAUAGUAAUAAUAAUAAUAAUAAUAAUAAUAAUAAUAAUAAUAAUAAUAAUAGUCAAGAAACAACGCCGGGAAGAAAAAAAGCUCGAUCGAGAUCGAGGUCUACAGAAACGAGAAUCAAAAGUCCCGCGGUUUCAUUGCUUAAAUUUUUUAAACGAGAAUCUUCCACCGAGAAAGAUACUGAACGAUAA